AGCAAAACACAGCUAAGGGCAUCGUUUGCCCGGGAGCACAUGGAGCUAAAGGCAACCAUUGCCUUCACCCAGGAUCGCCUUUAGAUGCACAGCUCCCGCCUUUCAGGACCGGCCCAUCUCUCCCCAAGGGACAGAUGUCACUGAGGCGCACCUGCAGAGAGCUGGUGCUGGAGGUGGUGCUUCCGAGAGUUCAGAAGUCCGUUGGAGAUGGCCUCGAUCGAUUUCAGAUGGUGGUGGAUGCAGCUACUCUCCGGGUCAUCAACUCAUUCCUGCGCAUGGGUGAUCUGCACACCGAGGGCGUCACCAGCGUGGAGUUGCUGGAGGAAGACAGGGAGCCCUUGCCUGGCUUGGAUGCCCUGUACUUCUUGAGGCCUCUUCCGGCCACCUUGGACCUGAUCCUCGCCGACUUCAAGUCGGCGGCUGCGCCGCAGCACCGCCAGGUCCACUUUUGCUUCACCCAGCAGGUGGAACAGAGCCUUCUGUCCAGAUUGACGGAGGCAACUCAUUUAGCAGGCCGAGUUAGAUCAUUUGUGGAAGUACCUCUGAGCUUUUUGCUUGUACAGGAUCGAGGCUUCCACUUUGACAUGCCAGAGGCUAUCACUGGCCUUUUUCCAGUGCCCGACCCGCAGAUGUUGUCAGACAUUGUCCAGAAGUUGACUGAUGUUUGCCGAUGCCUGCAGACCACGUCGCCGAUCAUCCGCUGCCAGUCAGACCUUUGUCACACUGUCGCAGACCGGGUGCUCCGUGAGCUCAACAUGCACAAACAACCAAGCCUGCCAAGCCAGCCCUGCCAGCUGAUCAUUCUUGAUCGCUCCCUGGACAUGGCAGCAGCGCUGGUCCAUGAGUACUCCUAUGAGGCAUGCGUUUUCGACUUGCUGGAUGGCAACAUGUUGGAUGCUGACCGCAACAUCGUCACAAUGGAGACCUCAGGUGAGACACGAGAAGUGCUACUGUCCGACCCUUUGUGGGAGGAGUUGAGAUACAUGCACUUGGAGGCGGCCCGAGAGCACGUUGAAGCCAAGGUGGAUGAAGUGAAGCGCCAGAAUGCUCGGGGUGGCAAUGGCAUGAGCACCAAAGUCAUGCUCGAGCAACUGCGCUCUGCACCUGAAAUGCGGGAUGCUGUGGAUCGCAUGUCCCUGCAUCUGAGCAUCAUCAAGCAAAUUCAUGCGCGCCUUGGCCAAGAGCAGAUCCUAGACCCGCUUCAUCUAGGUCUUGUCGAGCAGGACAUUGCCUGUGGCAUCGACAAGAAUGGCAAAGAUGUAAAGAUUACAAACCUGCAGACGACCCUGCAGAGGAUCCUCACCGACCGACCAGAGCUUCCUAGUGAGAUGAAGCUGCGCCUGCUGAUGCUUUACUUUGCCUGUGUGGCCAACAUCCCAGAGGCGAACCGGUCCAAGCUGAUGGAAGCGGCCCGCUUAGCGCCUGAGGACCACCAGGUCCUCAUGAGCAUGCUGGGAACUCGCCUAAUGGCGCCGGAGUCGCAGCGGAAGCAGGGCACAGGAUGCGCCCAUCGGGUGACCAAGCAGCAGGCUGCGCGCUCCAAGAAGAAUGCGACAGCAGAAGGGCGGUUCGAGCUGUCCCGCUUUGAGCCAUGCUUGAAGGAGCUCUUGGAGAGAUUGGCUGAAGAUCGCCUGAGUUUCGAGGAGUUCCCAGUGUGCCAGAACUCAGGGGAUGAUUUUGGCCUCCGGGAAGCCGGCUAUGCGACAGCGGAAGCACUGGGAGCCCCUGCGAUUCAGGCGAAAGACGACUGGUCGUUCGCGUCGGGAGGAGAGGAGCGCGAGAAGGCCGAGGUGUCCCAUCGCAUCGUGGUCUUUGUGCUUGGUGGCUUCACCCACUCAGAGCUCCGAGCGGCGGCAGAGGUUCAGCAAAAUCUCCCACGGGGGACCGAGGUCCUCAUGGGCGGUACCUCACUACUCACUCCGAAGAGGCUGAUCAAGGCAUUGAGGCCGGCGCCAGAAGCUCAUGCUGAAGGCGAGAUGCCGGAUCUGAGUUGAGCCACAGGGAGCAUGUUUCUGACCUGCUUUCGAAGCCAUGCCGCG